AUGCAUUCUCAGGUUCAGCAAAAUAAAGAUACAAUGUCGAUGGAAUUUCCCAAUAAGGUAGACAAAUUGGAGGGUGAAAACGGAGCAGAAGAUACAGGGAAUGGAGGAGGACAGACGGGGGCUAAUAAGAAGCAGAAGAGCAUACCUUUGGAGCUCACUGCUUACGGUACCACGCCGUCAGGAAAACCCCGGCUAUUUGUGUGUCAGAUAUGUACGCGGGCGUUUGCGAGGUUGGAGCACUUGAGACGACAUGAGAGAUCGCACACGAAGGAGAAGCCAUUCAGCUGUGGUGUGUGUCAGAGGAAGUUUUCCAGGAGAGACUUGUUGUUGAGACACGCGCAGAAGUUGCAUGCUGGAUGUGCCGAUGCGAUCACCAGGUUGCGGAGAAAGUCGAUCAAACGUUCGGGAUCGAUGGGUGAUGCUCUCGACAUGGACGACGAUAUGGUGUCGAUGACACCGGCGAAGGACACCAGGUCUCCAGGGAGCACGAACCCUUCGAGCGGCCACCCGUCACAAUCGCCGCUCUCCCAUCCGCCCUCGGGGUCGCAUAACGACUUUGAUCUUGUGCUGUUCAACCUCAACCUAUUCAACCACAAAGCGUCGCCCAUGUCGAAGUCUGCCAGCAGUUCGGGCGCAAAGGACGGCCCUACUGGCACGUCUUUGCACAAACAGAUGUUCGAUAGAAGAAAAAUAGACAAAACCAGAGGUGCGUCAUUCUCGGCUCAGUCUGGUGGAAACUACGCUAUGGGUUUGGCUGAGUUUAACGAUCUUUAUCCCGGCACCGACCAUGUGGAGUUUUCUACUCCCCAGUUGUAUCCAACUGGUACUCCAGACGACCACGCUUGGUUAAAUAACUUAUCGACUAUUCCUGGUAUGAACGACAAUAAUAACGGUAAUAAUAAUCAUAAUAAUAAUAAUAAUAACAGCACUAAUGGUACGCAUUCGAAUGGUGCUCACAAUGGCGCUAACAAUGGUGCCAAUUUAAACGGGGCCAAAGGUAACCCCAAACUACCAAGACACAGCUCCAUUACAUCGAUGUCUUUGGAUCAUAAUGAUGUACCAGCAAGCGUAUCACACCAAGGCUCUUUUUCAGGACAAUUGCCCGCGUUAAGGUCAGACAGUUUGGCAAGUACGUCGUCAUACAACACGUUCGAUUCUUUGAAUGGCUUACAGUAUAUGAUGCCUAGUGCGACUGUUUCAAAUAAUGAGAUAACACCUUCAACUUCGACCAAUACCAACAACCAUAUAAAUAACCCCCACAACGAGGAAUAUGGUUAUUCCUUUUACGAUAUACCUGAGUCUAUGAUGGCAAGUUCGGGAAACCACUUCAAAUUAGCUAACCAUCUAACACCAAUUAAGCAAGAAGAUGAUGAUGAAAUCACAAUGACAAGCAUGAAUCACGAAAAUAAUACCAACCAUACUAAUGCCAACGGUUUAAAACGCAACCCUAGCCUCACUGAAGAUAAUAUCAAUAAUAAUAAUAAUAAUAAUAAUAAUAAUCACAAUGCUAAUAACAAUAAUCCUCAAACAGGUAGCCAAAACUUUGAUUUAAAUUUCCUAAAUGAUAUAGGAGAAUUGACCAACGAAUUUGAUGUUAAUGCCAAAUUUAUGCCUAAUGGCUAUUCAUUUUAUGGCGAUAAUAAUUCGGUUUCCUCCAGUGGCAUGGAAACCAAUUCACCCCAAAUGAUCUCUCCGUCAGUUUCACAAAGUCAAUAUCAAUCGGAAACAUCAUUACCGCAACCGAAUCCACAUCUGAUUCAUCAACAAUCUUUAACUGACCAUAAUUAUUUAAACCAAUCCCACUUAAUGAAUAUUGAACAAGCUGGCAGCAAAAGAAGGAACUCUUUUAAGCCUGGUAAUUAUUCUAAAAACAAAUUAUUUACCAAUAAUGUCAGAUACAUGAUCAAUAAAUCUUUGAGUAAAUAUCCCAUUAAUGGUAUAAUGACACCAACCAUCCCUUCGAACGAAAAAUUGGAAUUCUAUACGAACAAUUUUGUUAAUAUUUUCUUGUCUCAUUUCCCAUUUAUACAUAUCUCAAAAUUGAAUGAGUAUGAGAUUAUGAGUAUGACUUCUAAUGAAGAAUUAUCAAAUGAAAGUGCUAGAGUUUGCUUGCCUCUAUUGACAGCCACUAUUGGUGCGUUGUUAGCAAAUAAUAAGAACGAUUCGGAGCAUUUAUAUGAAGCUUCUAGGAGAACCAUUCAUAUCUAUUUGGAAAGUAGGAAAAAUUCUGUUAAUGAGGCUGCAUCUAACUCUGCACUUAAUUCGACUCCGCAAUCUACAAAUCCAUUGUGGUUGAUUCAGUCAUUAACAUUAUCGGUAAUAUAUGGAUUAUUCUCCGAUAAUGAGAAUAAUGUCUACAUUGUAAUAAGGCAAUUGAAUGCAUUAAACUCGUUGGUUAAAACGUCGAUUAAGAGUAAUAGAACCGUAUUGUUCUCGAUCAAUGGUGAAGAUGAAGAUAUUUAUAAUAAAAUGAAUGAAAUCAAGUCAAAUGAUUUUUUGCAGAAUGAUUCUUUAUUUUCAACAACGUCGUUCAAUGUCAAUGAUGAAAUCAAAUUCAAGAAUAUCAUUAAUAUUCAAUCGCAAAUAAGAAUUGUUUUCAUGAUCUAUAGAUUGACCAAUUUCUUAUUAAUGAUGUAUAAUGUUCCUUUAACAUUGAGCAUCAAUGAUUUAGGGUUGUUGGAAGCACCUACUAGAAAGGAUGAGUUUUUAUGGAGUUUUAAAAAUUACCAAUCUUUCCAGGAAUACAACCAAAACAAUCAUACAAAUAAAACUUUGAAUGAUUACUUAAAUCCAAAUGGAAACAAAAUGGUGUUUAGCGACAUUUUGUACCAAAUUACUAAGACGGAUGUGCAUACGGGUUUGGAUGAUGUAUUAAGUGAUAAGCUAAAUAAUUUAAGUCAAUUUGGAUUUGUAUCGAUAGUCAAUGGUAUUUAUGAAAGUAAACAAUACCCAGAAUUGCAGAAUAUGGAUGUUUUCUCAGUGUUAGAUAAUUUGACCAGCUAUAUUGGAUCACCUAGUUUUAGCUUCCCAAUAGCAAAUGAUAAUAUCAAUGGUAAUCAAACCAUUGGUGACUCGUUUCACUACAAAUCUACCAAUGAUUUUGAGAAACAGAAGUUGGAUUAUGCUUUGCUUGUCAAUUUUGUUAAAAUUACUUCAUUGAUUGAUUUCAAGUACGUCAAGGAACAAAGUUGGUUAAGAAAUUUUGAUGAAUUAACGUCCAAUUUUAAUAGUUUCUUGAGUACUAUACAUGAAAUCAGUGAUUAUGAUUAUCUUAGAAUUGUUGAUUGUUGCAUCAUAAUAACGAAAUUGGUCUUAUUCAAAACCGAGAGCAAUAACUCUAAUAGCUCAGCAUUCGAUACUCAUAUGGAUUUGAAAUUUAUGCACGAUCCUGCUAGUAAUGGAAAUUUGAUUACUGAAUAUGAAAGCACAUCUACCGUUUUUGAGAAAUUAAUCGAUAUUAAGGUAUAUGAGGAUGAAUUCAAUAUUUCUAAAAAUUCGAUUCACUUACAAAUGUUAUUCCAUGUAUUUUCUAUUUUGUCGAUUUUUUCAAUCCACUUGAUAAGAAAAAAUAACGACAGUCAAACUGAUAACAGUUUGAGGUCUGAAUUAAAUCAAAGAUUUAAUGCUGUUUUGAUGAUCUUAGGUAAGAUUGAAAGCUUCUUAAAGAACAAAUAUCAAAAUCUUAAAUUAGAGAAUCAAUUCACCAACUUAUAUUUAUAUUCAAAUGGGAAUAAUGGUGAAUUAGGCUCAUUGAAUGGAAACAAUUUAUCGAAUGAGUACAAUUAUAGUUUAGAAAAGACAUUAUACAUAUUGAAAAUUGGUGAAUUAAUUUUGGGUUUUAUAUAUGAUACAAAUAUUAAAGUUUGUAUCUUUAAAAAGUUAAGUGGUAGUUUAUCACAAAUUAGAAAAUUUUUAAUUGACAAUGAAUCAAAGAUUCUUUCUUAA